AUGUUCAAGCCGCGCGUGCUAACGCCCCUGCGGGCGCUGGAGCGAGUCUUCACUCCGACAAUCCGAUCCACCCCGAUCCUCUCGCAGUCGCAAUCCCUCCUGCGAACUCUCUCCGCAACAUCCACAUUCCCGAAAACCACACCACGACCCUCCCUCUCCGCACUCCUCCCAUUCUCCCAAGUGCGUCAUGCCUCACACGCCUCGCAAGGUACCGCCAAUCGACACUCCCGCGACCCCGCCGGCAAGCGUCUCGGAGCCAAGCGCUCCGGCGGCGAGUACGUGGUACCGGGAUGCAUCAUUUUCCGCCAGCGCGGCUCGCUAUGGUUCCCCGGUGAAAAUUGCGCUAUGGGUCGUGACCACACAAUCUACGCUACACAGGCUGGCUACGUCCGCUACUACCUUGACCCGCUGAAGCACCCGAAGCGCCGGUUUAUUGGAGUUGUUUUCGACAAGGAUGAGCAACUUCCACACCCGCGUAAUGCGCCCAGCCGACGCAAGCUGAACAUGGUUCCUGUGCCGAUGGUGGAACGUGUCGAGGCCCAGUCUGAUCUUGUUGCAUCAGUUGAUGCGAACGGUGUCCGGGUGUCGGACGUUAAGGCUACCGAUGCUGAGUCUGGCCCACAGCUGCGCCCUGGUUACAUGUACCGCGAGGCUAACUGGGUGAUUGGUCGGGCUGCUGAGAAGGCUGGUAUCACUGCUGAGCCUUAUGAUCGUCGCAACCGUUGGUUGGCGUGGAGGAAGCGACAGCAGAGAGCUGAGCGGGCUGCUCAGAUGAAGAGUUUGAAGGGCUCGAAGAAGACGGCCAAGAAAUAA